UCCCCUAGACAGACGGACAACUUGAUCGGACUGAACCAGCGACGCACGCCGCUGCUGCUGCUGCUGCUGCUGCUGAGUCCCGGCAGAGACCCAUCUGUCUGGGAGUUUAGCUAGCUAAGCUAACUAGCUAUCCGAGUCGUUGGUAUAGAAACGACAAACUGUACUGUUAACAACUGUGGGAACUAAACCAGAGAACUGAAACUAAUUGUGUAGGUUGCAAUUUAAAAUGUCUAUAUUGCCGUUCACACCUCCAAUCGUGAAGAGGCUUCUUGGCUGGAAGAAGGGGGAGCAGAACGGGCAAGAGGAGAAAUGGUGCGAAAAGGCUGUCAAAAGUCUCGUGAAGAAGUUGAAAAAGACAGGACAAUUAGACGAGUUGGAAAAAGCCAUCACAACACAGAAUGUCAACACGAAAUGCAUAACCAUACCCAGGUCUUUAGAUGGCCGUCUCCAGGUUUCCCACAGAAAAGGUCUUCCUCAUGUGAUCUACUGUCGCCUGUGGCGCUGGCCAGACCUGCAGUCCCACCAUGAGCUGAGGGCUGUGGACCACUGUGAAUAUGCCUUCCACACCAAGAAGGAUGAAGUCUGUGUCAACCCGUACCACUACCAGAGGGUGGAGACACCAAUUUUGCCUCCUGUCUUAGUACCGAGGCACACAGAUAUCCCUGCAGAGUUUCCUCCGUUGGAUGACUACAGCCCCUCCAUCCCGGAGAACACCAACUUUCCUGCUGGCAUUGAGCCCCAGAGUAACUAUAUUCCUGAAACUCCCCCACCGGGGUAUCUGAGUGAGGAUGGUGAGACAAAUGAUCACCAGCUCAACCACAGCAUGGACACAGGUUCCCCCAGCCUGUCGCCCAAUCCUGUGUCGCCCACAAACAGCAAUCUCGACUUGCAACCUGUGACGUACUGCGAAUCGGCCUUCUGGUGCUCGAUCUCCUACUAUGAGCUGAACCAACGUGUAGGAGAGACUUUCCACGCCUCCCAGCCGUCCCUCACAGUGGACGGCUUCACAGACCCGUCCAACUCUGAACGCUUCUGCCUGGGUCUGCUGUCCAACGUCAACCGCAACUCAGCCGUAGAGCUCACACGCAGACACAUAGGACGGGGCGUACGGUUGUACUACAUUGGUGGAGAGGUGUUUGCAGAGUGUCUCAGCGACAGCUCCAUCUUUGUCCAGAGUCCCAACUGCAACCAGCGCUAUGGCUGGCAUCCUGCCACAGUCUGCAAAAUACCUCCAGGCUGCAACCUGAAGAUCUUCAACAACCAGGAGUUUGCUGCUCUGCUCGCUCAGUCGGUGAACCAGGGCUUCGAGGCCGUCUACCAACUCACCAGGAUGUGCACCAUCCGCAUGAGUUUUGUAAAGGGUUGGGGAGCUGAGUACAGGCGUCAGACAGUGACCAGCACCCCCUGCUGGAUAGAGCUGCAUCUCAAUGGCCCGCUGCAGUGGCUGGACAAGGUCCUCACACAGAUGGGAUCUCCCAGCAUCCACUGCUCCAGUGUAUCAUAGGAGCAGCCCAUGCUUCCCAGAAACCCUCCUUCCCAAUACCACACUCACAUAAAAACCACAUAGGAAAACCCCAGCUUCUCCCCGAGAUCAUAAGGAAAGAGACACCAUUCAUCACUCUCCUCCCUCUCUGUCUCGAACAUUUCACCUCACAUCGAUAGCACUUUCCUCCGUACCAUGUAGGGUCUCCAUUUGAUGGUUAUUUUAGGACUCUGGACUGUCUUGUUUUCAUGUGUUCAACCACAGGGUAUUUGCAAUAGGUUUCAAAAGACUUAAUCAUUAUUCAUUCAGACAUCACGUCUAUGCUGUGUUGUCAUUUUUAUUAUAAAGGAGAUUGAAAUGUUUGAUCCCAAGUUAUGGUACAGUUUGGUCACCUUUUUACAUGUUUCAAAACAUUUUUGAUUCUAUGAAUUAGCUCAGUUAUGCUUUCAUCACUGGUGUUUCAGUGUUUCAGUGUCCCAGUACCACUGUUCGUAAUCACUGAAUUAGGAGGCUUAUUUAUCAAUCGAACCAUUAAUUAACAUGGACAAUGUAAUUCAGAGUGAUUAAAUAGAAUAUAUUUAAUUAAUAUCUUAAGUACAAGGUACUUUGCCCACAUUGAUUUAUCUCUAGGAAUUGAAGUGACAAUUAUUUGAUAGCUCAUGUAAUUGGUAUUUUAUCUAUUUUAAACAAAAUAUAGAUAUUAGCACCAUUGUUUCUUGAAAAGAACCCUUGUAUGAAAACUAUUUUGCUCAGUGAAAGAGACAUUUUAUAAGUUAUUUUUGCAUAUUGUCCUGCAUGGAAAUAUAUUUUUUUUAUUGCCUCGAUAUGAUUGUACAUAAAUAUUUAUAGCUUGUGAUUUCUUGUAGUUGUGCAGUGCUUGAAACAGUGGACCUGACUGACCUUUGGCAUGAGUAGAUUCACAAACACACUUUGCUUUAUCGACCCAAACCCUGGCCUGCUUGAAUGCAGGCUUUUCAAACCUGGGUCAACUGGAUCUUAAGUGUGACACGUAGGAUUACUGUACUACUGUUAUUCAUAACAUGGACAUAGACUAGGAAUUACAGUUUGAGUGACCAUAGUGAACUGGUUGAUUUUAGACACCUGUGUGACCUUAGUGUGAGGGGUACUCACCAACAGCAACAUGGCUGUCCAUAGAUGGCAUGUAGAGUUAAUGCAGAGCUCUUCACAUAUUACCAACUGUUAGGCAAUAGUACACUAUGCUCAUUGUUAGUAAAUAAUGCACUUCCAAUUUACUGUGUUGAUCAGUGUGAAGCUUAAGUUCUCGUGGUAAUUUGCUUGUCCGGUGAAUACUCUAGAUUACAUAUACAUUGCUACAAUAUUAGGCAUGUGUAAUAUGCUCGCUAUCCUCGGUCAUUGUCUCUGAAGCCACCAUGUUUAUCCUGCACUUACUUACGGUACAUAAGACUGAGUCACCAUGUAACAUAUUUUAAAUUGUUACAUGGUGCUAAACUGAAAUACUGUAGACUACAGUGCAUUGGGUAGUUGGUAGACCUGUACCAGUACUUGUUCCUUGGUAUCCUUAGUUGGUGGUUUUUUGUUCCAAGUCUUAUGUACAUGUUUUUUCAUGUAUGCUAUUUGUUCUCAAAUGACCAUUGUUUUGUUAACUGUGAAAAUAAUUAAUAAAUUGCAAUUGAGUAAAAAGA